CACACUACCAGUUUGUUGUUUAAAAAAAACACAGGGGGGUUAUAUAUUUAUCUCUCCCUCCGCGUCGCUUUUAGCAGCUGCACCAGCAGCAGCACUAGAUCUGACCCUCGGCUUAAUUUCGUGGUGUUAGAGCUGGUAAACAAGGCUAUUUGGGUUGUUUUAACUGCCUUACAAGCAGUUAUGACCCUGCAGUUGUAAUUGACGAAACUCGAGAAAAUGAAUUAGCAUAUCCGGGAUGCGGUCGGGUCGACUCGGUUUCCAUUUAAAGUGCAUUCCGGUGGACUGGUGUCUCCAGUGCAUUAGAGGAAGAUGCGGUUGGGACUGGGAGGAUGAUAAAUGGCGAAACCACAAGCUUUUAAGCUUUACAAAGAAUAUUUCUAAAACCGUAAGGACCGACAUUAUGAGAGCAGUGUGGGAAGAACAUGCAGCCUCCUGAUAGUUGUAAACAUGAACUGAAAUAUCCACGUUUAACCUAGAUCUUAAACGCUUAGGAUAAUCUCUAUUGUUAGCUUGCACUUGUGCAUUGGUCAAUACAGUUUCCCGUAUGUGUAAGAAAAAAGGAUAUAAGCGUAUAGCAGAUAUUUAUUUUCUAACUGGACGAAGAACAUAUAACUUAUUGAGUUUGGUUUUAUGAUGAUAAUAGUAACACUGUUACCCUGCAAUUCUUUCAUUUCAUCUUGUGUGUAAUAUGUAGAGCAAUGCUUCUGCGCAGGGCCACCCUACAGUCAUCACUGAGUUGCAGUUUUUCCUUAUUCCUGCUUCCUGAGUUCACAUUCACCUGCCAUUAAAGCUUUAUCAGUCAGUCUCUAUGCAGAUAGGAAAACUCAUCUGCUGCCUUGCUGUCUGACUUCCUCAAAGCCAUUGCUGUCCCAGUUCAAAACAAGCAAACAAAAAUAAAACGGAUAACACAGCUUUUCUGUCCAGUCUUCUAACUUGGUUAAAUGGAUGAUGUAAUGAGGGGCAACGGAUAGUACCCAUAAGAUGCAUAUGAAUGCUGGAUGAGCAGGGAAAAUGGGGAUGUGUCCAGGAUGCACAGACUGUAACACUAUCACUCCGGGAACCACAUACCACUCCCAGUGAGGCCUACCUUUCUACCUGCCUUGUGAGUGUCUUUUGCUCUGUGUGUGUGUGUGUGUGUGUGUGUGUGUGCGCGCGCGCGCGCGCCUUAGGCCAUACUGGCCAGUGUUUCUGAUGUUGUCUUUCUUGUAUUUCUGUGACUACACACUUCUGUCUCUGAUGAGGAAGCAGCGGGCAGGAUGCAGUGUGACGAGCAACAGUUGGCUACUGACUGUUUCACAGAGGACCAAUAACAGGGACUUAAAUAUACACUCAAAAUGAGCAAUCAUAGCAUUUUUGAUUUGAUUAAUGGCCAGAGAGCCCAAAACUAAGUGUCUCUGUUGCUAACUCAGUUGCACCUGCUAGUUUAGAGUUACUGGGAGAGAAGCUGUGUGGUGCAUGUGUGUCCGAGAGGGAGAGAGAAAGAAAGAGGAUCAAGGCAGGUCGUCAGGGAAUAGGCGAAUGUGAUACAUUUUCUUCUGAAAGUACAGAAUGUAGCAGAGGGGGUUACUAUCACAGUCGCCUUUAUUUCACUCUAUCAUUCUCUCACACUCAUUUUUAAUUUUCCCAUGUCUAUUCUUUGUUUUGGUGCCCUCUCUUUUCUCAAUGUAUCCUCUGCUCUGCUUCCUCCUUUAUCUCCCCCUCACUGUGCCCUUCUCCAGAGUCUGAUGUCAUGGCUCAAGUGGUGUUUGAGAAGUGGUGUGCGCCUGCUCCCAGAGCCCAUUAACAAUGUCCUGUAGCGUGCAUCAUAAAGUGUCAUGCUGAUGACUUUUUUUUUUUUUUGCUGCUGAGCCACUUUUAUCUAAAGAAAUCCUCUUUUUUGCACAGUAAUCAGUAAUUCUUUGUUACUGAACCAGAGAUACUUUAUUCUGACAAAUAAGCAACACAUUGUAGCACAAAAAAACGACUUGAUACGGUCCUGCAUUGGAAUCAUUUUUACUUAGUUAUCUGGCUGUGCAACAGAGACGGCCCCAAAAAGCUGCUGUCGAGGCCAAAUGCUGAUUGUGGUGUGCAAUGUAGUUGAGUUACCACAAAGACAAAGAAAAGCAAAAAACAACAGAGAUGAAAGAAGCAUGGAUAGGAAACACAAACAAUGGCUGUGAUGGACAGUUCUGAUUCUUUAUUAGUCCUACUCCAUUGUAGAGACGUUCUAGUAGAUCAUGACUUGACAGUGGCCAAACCAAAAUGACUAACAUGAGUGCAAACAAGAGCCCACAUUACCGGUUGUUCCACAUAUUUUUUACACUACCCCCUGGAGACAGUACACAGCGACAGCACACAGAUGCAGGUCAGCCAGCCUCUGUUGCAUCUGCGGAUGACCAUACAGGGACUUUAAUCCCACCCAAUAUGGUUUGCUUAGUGGCAAACUUGUGCAUAUGUAUGUGAUGUGUAAUAAUCAAAUGUGUAAAAAUGGCAAUAUCUGAUCUUAUAAAAUGGACUUGAACACAUUUUUCUGGCUUUGUGAAAAACCUCUGCAUCUAUACACCGCUAGGGAUGUUCAAAUUAUACUGUAUCUGGAAAAUUAAAAGUCUAAAAACUUACACUGCAAGUUGACAGGUAUAUCUUCACCUGUAUUUCCAGCCAAGAUCUUUCCCUAAUUUAAUCCUUGCACGUCAAUCCUAUUUCAGUCAUGAGGCCUUUUAAUCUAUUUCAGUGGUUGUAAGAACAACCACAGGUUUCUAAAUAUAAAGGCUAAACACAGAAAGUAAUACACAGCCAGCUUUGUUAAACAGCAGAAACACUAAGCCUCUGAGUACACUGAGUGGGCCUGCUAUACCUCUGUUACACUUCAUGUUAUUCAAGUCCUGCCAGGUGCUUUCAAAUUAUGGUAAAUCUAGAAAAGUGGACCAAAAGCCCAUGCAACACCACAGUUACUUGCUGCGGUCACAUCCAGCUUGUUAUACAUCAGAUUAAGCCCCUUGUAUCCCUAUAUCAUUAGGGGCUGAGGCCUAUCCCCACUGACAAAGGGCAAAAAGCAGGGCACACCCUCAGCAAGUCACUAUACCGUCAUAGACAGGGCUACCACAUGAGGCAAACAUGCACACUCAUACAUAUGACAAUUUUAGAAUUAUCUACCAACCUAGUAUUUGUGUCUUUGAAUUGUGAGAGGAAGCUGGAGCAACCUGAACAAAACCCCAAACGGGGACAGGGAGAAUGUGCAAACUCAUCACACAAAUGCCCCCAUCAGACCAGCUGGUUCAAAUCUAGAAUCGUCUUUGAGAGGGCCAACCAGUACAGUACUUGGCCACUCAAAAAUGGGCAGAUCUGAAUGUAUGCGUUAUACUGAAGGAGCUCACAACACCAGUUAUGUAAUACAUGUAAAAAAAAAGUUUGUAGAAAAACAAAUAUUAUUAAACUAUUAUAUCUCUAUUAAAGAGCACGCUGCUUUGUGAAUAUGCUUUUCCUUUUUUGAUCUUCAGAUUUAAGUGUUUUCCAGUAAGUGACACUUACUACAUGCGCAGCUCUUCUGCUUUUUAUAUCCUACCACUUACUUAACUGGGAAUGGCAGGGCCUUGGAGAAGCUGAUAAUGAAUUAGGUGUUGAAACUGUACGGGUGAGAGCAUGUCGACACGGCUACUGUAGUCCAGAGUGGCUCAUAGGUCAAAGUGUCGGUGCGUUUGAGUGUGAGUUUGUGUCAGUCACUAUAAAAAUAGUUUGCUUUGGUACUUUAAUAAGAUCAUUACUAAGCUGCUGCUCUGUCCAUUUACUUUAAAUUGUCUUAUAAAUCAUUCUUCCACAUGCAGCACUAAGUAGGACACACCUAGAAGAGCCAAAAUAUGAUCUCAAGUAAGGAAUGUGGUCAAAAAUCUGUUUGCUUUGAUGUGUGAUGCAGAUCCUGCUGCUUGUGUUUGUCAUGCCAGGUUACAAGAUUAAGUCUAUAGUUGAUAGCACUUAUGAUAGAACUUUAUUGGUCCCCUGGUACUGCCCUGAUUUUGGCCUCAAGGUUGCAUCAUUAGCACCUGUCAGUUGUCAGCUUUUCACCAUACCUCAGUGAUCCUUCCCACAUGAUGAGAUGUUUCUGGGGGGGCAACUGCUGUUUGGUUAUGUUUGUUAACACUGAUCGCUGCUGUGGGGCUUUCAGGAACCCUAAAGUCUGAAGCCUAGGUGUUUGGGAGACAUAGUUGGAGGAGCGUUACUCGUCACUGGAUCCAUUCGUGCCCAUGUAGACAGGAUUUUUACAUUACCACUUCAUCAUCUGCAUGAUGACAGCAGGCACAGAGAGUGUUGAUCAAGACUUAGCUUUGUCCAUGUUUGAUUUAAAAGUUGGCAACAGGUUUGGCAGAGCCUAUGAAGCUUUUUUUUUUUCUAAUUUAUGGCCUUCUACUAAAAUAGUUUCUGCUCAGCUACUGUAGAGUAAGAUAAAUACAUUUAAAAUGACAGCAAACUAAAGAGAUCCGCCCACUGUUUGGUGGAAGGUUUGUAGUAUGAAUCUCAUCUGUUUUUGUCAUAUCUCAGGAUUUGGUUUAUGGAAGCUAAUUAAUUUCUUUUGUAGUGGCACCUCGGCUCUGCCCGAGCCUUUACCACACUUUAAUUUGUAAGUUGCGGAUUCUUGCGCCUCUUCUGUUUAUUGUUGAAAACUUGUUUUAAGUGGAUGCGUUGGAUGUUGUCCAAAUAGCAUGUUACACAGUAGCUGCCUGGCUGGUUUUAGGUAUCCAGGCUCUAAAUAUGACAUGCUAAUAGCAGUAGUUACAUCAUCAUUCUAGGAAUAGCAGGGAGUCUGGGGUCUAGAGGUGCUUCUGGCUGACCUCUCUCCUGUGUAUAUUCGGCCUCUGUGUGCAUGUGUGUGGUCAUUUUCCAAAUAUACAGUCCCAUAUGGAUUACAGCGCGGGAAAGAUUAUUAAUGGUACAGGUGAGUGGUCAUAUAAUUUGUAUAUUUAGAGCCUGGUAUGACGUUGACAGUAAAAGAUGUAUUUACAUGGAUUUAAAAAGGGAAAAGAAAAAGUGCAAUUGCAUGUCAUGUCUAUGUGGCUGGAUUUUCACAUCUCCGAGGGAGCAUUCUUGACACAAAGUCAAGCUGACCACAACAAAAAAGGAAAGAAAGAAAAUCUCAUGUGAGAAGGAUUUAAGACUCCUGUCAGUUUCUGUGUGGAUGCUGCCACUUUACAUAGCCACAAACUGACAACUCUGGCCACUGUGACAUAAAACCUGUUAGGAGGAGAUGAGUACAUUGAGGUUCUCUUACACCCUUCUCACACCUCAGGCGAGCCUAACAUCUGAAAGGUGUAUCUACCCGAUGUAGCAUACAGUAGAAUCACUCUGCGACUCCUUUGGAAUGUAUGAAUUGUGUGAACGUGUGCUUAGAAGUAGUUUGUCUUCAUGGGCAUGCGUGCGCUUAUACUGCGUGGCAUGCAUGCAAACAUGUGUGUGGCAAAAUAGAGAUACUCAGGCCUGUCACUUAUCCCCCACCCAUCCACACCGGGGGGUUACUUUCCAGUCUCAAAGACAAGCAUGCCAGAGUCUGAAAAUAACCGUAUCUGAUCACUGCUUCACCCAAACAGGCAACUCUCUUUCCCUGUCACUCCCACUCUUCGACUCCGUCUCUUAACUUUCUCCUCGGUCUGUUGUCUCUGUGCUUCCCAGGCAUUGAACGGGGAUCUUGGGACUAAAGCUUGAGCGGGAGGAGAUACUUGUCCUGAGCAGAGGAGAGAAAGUGGAAGGCACAGGGGGACUUUAAGUCACAACGCCAUACGUGACUCUUCUUAGCACUUCUCCAGUCUUUUGGGUUUAUGACGGAAAGUGUGUGCCCCUGCUGCCGAUCAGUAAGAAGUGCUCUUCAAUAUGAAUACAGAUAGCGGAGGAUAUGCUCGCAAAUGUGUGGCCUUGUCACUCAUGCUCUCUCCCAUGAAGAGGGUCCAGAGCUCACCAAAUCUAGCCACAGGGAGUGAUUCUCACUCAUCGGACUUGGAUUCUUGGCGGUCACACAGCGCAACAGACGGCCUUAAAAACGGAGAUGCUAGCAGCUCAUCGCUUGCUGCCAAAGGCUUUCGCAGCGUCAGACCCAAUCUGCAGGACAAAAAGUCCCCCUCACAGGAUAUCAGUCCAUUGCCAUUGCCACCCCCCAGAAAAGAGAGUUUUCACUUCUCGCCUGCAGGCACUAAUCCUCAAAAUUACAGUUCCCUUAUUGGCCUGGCUAAUGAUUUGAGUCCUGGAAUGCUAACAAUCACUAAAAAUGAACAAGCAGUCUUGAAAGAGUCCUACACUGUAAGAAGCACAUCAUCCUACUCAUACUCAGAAACCAGUGCAAACACAGUCCAGCAGCUGAAUGAGUCCGUUGUCUCGAAUGACACAAGCAAUGCUAAUACAAAAGAACGUAAGGUGUCUUCCCUUACACUAACUCCUGUCACCAUCCCUGACCCUCCUGCACACCUCAAUUCUUGUGUUGAUCCCCAACAUAAGACCCAAACCACAGGGUCCCCUCCACCCACUUCCUCACCUCCACAAAGAAGUCCCAUCCUAUCUCAACCCGUGACACAGACAGCUUCGAUUUCUGUCCGCUUGGACAAAGAGAAUAAAAAAAAUCCUGCUUCAUCUAAGACAAACUCCAAAGUGGAACUCAAGGUCUCAGAUCAAACGGCAGCUCCAGCUCCAUCCCAGGUGGAGAUAACGAAGCCUCCUCCUGCAAUUCCACCAAGGCCUUCUCCUGCAAAACUGUUGGGGCCUCCCUCGCCUGACCCCACAGCACGGCACUCCCCCUAUCGCUACCACAGCUCAGAGUCACUUGACUACCUGUCAGGUCUAAUGCCCAAGGCACUAUCACCCACUCCGUAUGUCCCAAGUGGAGCUGGUGGCACAGCUGGUGCGGCCAGCGGGCCAAGCCACGGCGCAGUCAGCAGUGUGAGCUGUGCCUCGCCCUCGGCUUCCCCCGUUACCGUGUCAGCUCUCAGCCACUACUCGACAUCAACGGUCGGCCUGCUGGACGAGCUGCAGAUCUGUAGCCUGGACUCGCCUGUCGCCUCACCCACGCCAUCGCCCACUCUGAGCCAUGUCUCUACCUACACGCCCACUGCUGGCCGUGAUGAUGUGCUAACAACCUCUGUGGCCUCCGCUGCUGCAGCAGCCACUUUCACUAAUGGCCAGGUUCUUUCUCACGCAAUGAAUGGAAGUACUAGCCAUCCACAUAGGCCGCUGUCUCCCCCGUCAUAUCCUCCACCUCCUGUCUCACUCCACACGGGGCUUCAGAGACAGAGCAGGAGUUCAGAGGGCAGUGAAACAGUCACCAGAGAGUCUGUGGUGUCAGGGCACAGCAGCACUGUGCCCAUUGCCCGUUUCUCAGAAGAAGAAAAGAAGGUGUCGGUCAUUAAAGCCCCCCACUACGAAGGCAUCGGCCCAGUUGAUGAGUCAGGCAUUCCUAUCGCCAUCCGCACGACGGUGGAUAGGCCCAAAGACUGGUACAAAACUAUGUUCAAACAGAUUCACAAAGUUCACAAAGCAGAUGACGACUAUUCCGACACAUACAAUGCUUCAUAUGCUCUCGUAAACAAUGAUAACUACAGCCUGUCAUCCAGCACCACCAUGGCCCACCCUGCCCCUCGGACACAUACGUACAGGCCUCUGUCCAAGAGCCCCUCGGAUAACAAUGAAGGGCAUCUUGGACCUCGGGAGCUUUCACCAUCCCCUGUACCCCCACCACCUCCACCCAUGCCAUCCCUUCUCCAACUGAGGGCGAGAGACAGUGAUCGCGAGAGGGACUUGACAGACGCCAAUGAAUGGGGUCCUCCAGACCGAAAAGUGGACACACGAAAGUACCGCGCAGAACCCAAGAGUAUUUUUGAGUACGAGCCUGGGAAGUCCUCUAUCUUGGAGCAUGAAAGACCACCUCCUAAAAAACGGCUGGAUUAUAAUCCAGACAUCUCCGCUCGCCAGCGCAUUGAGACAUCCCUCCACAUCACUCCUGCUGACAAGGCUCCAGAGAGACCUGCAAGUGCUGCCAGUGACUACAGGAAGAGAAGGAAGUCUGAGCCGUCAAGCUCCCAAGUGAAUGCUCCAUCUCAGAGCCGAGCUGCAACUUCCCCUAAACCAGUGGAUGCCUACAGACCCAGCAGCAGCCUAAAGAAACCCGUCAUUCGUUCCUCACCAUCCUCACCCUCCAGAGCCAAAGGUGGGGACGCAUGCAGCAUGUAUUCAAACAGUUUGACCUCUCCAGGUCCUUAUCAGCAGCCCUUUGUUCCCCCAGUCCCAUCUGACCCUCUCAAUUCAAAUGAGGAUGGCAGCCAAGAUGGCAGCUCUUCCUCCAAACAGUCUGUCUGUUGUAAGAACAGCUGGCAGACAAAACGCCAGAAUGCUGAGACGUGGAGCAGUGCAGAGGAAGCGCCAGCUUCUCCUGCCAAGCUAAAGUCACGCAGUUGUGAUGACCUACUCAACGAUGGGCGUUCUAGCUCGGGUGGACGAAAUGCUACCCGCUCAGAGAGUGCUGGGUCACUGGUAUGCGAUGGAAAUCUCUCCACAGUAUCAUCAUCUACUCGUUCAUUACCCCGUCUCCAUCGACGACGAGCACACGACUCGCCGGGCUUUCUCCAGCUCUAUCGAAAGAUGCACCAGAUCGACAGAGCUCAGCUAAUUCCAUCUGAAGUCAUCCGGUCGGUCCGUGCGCGCAUCCUGGAUCUAGAGCGUCAGCCUCAUCUGCUUCGGCAUCGCCUCUCUCCUUGGACACCCUCCUGGGGUGUGGAAGUGCCACGUGAUAUGGUGCCAAACCGCAUUUCUGAAUAUGAGCGUCUUAUUCAGAAAUCCAAAUCCAUGCCUAACUUGGGUGAUGGCGAGGUGCCUUCAGGCACCACUACACCAGGUGGCUCAUCAUCUCGAGCUAGCAGUGGUGGUGGUGUCACACCCAGUUAUCCAAAACGCCGUUUUUCAAUAGAGUCUUUACUGGAAGAAGACAACAAUGGAAACAGUGGAACAGUACCUCAAACCAUGGAUCACUUACACCGACCUCGUAGCCCCCCUGAGGGACAGCCUCGUGUUGGACCAGACCCCGGGCGUGGACGGUCCUUCCCCGCUCCUCCUGUUCUCCAAGGCCCCCAAGCCAACCCAGACUAUUCUGACAGUGAACAAGACGCUGUUGCCUCUGACCUCAGUGACUUCAUUCAGGUUGAAGGCUCGUCAUUUUGCAGUGAGAGUGACUUUGACCAUUGCUCACUAACCUCCUCUGAGAGCCUAUACGGCUCUUCCACCCUCCACCACCAUCACCACCACCUCCGUCACCACCACCACCAUCACCACCAUCAUCCUGGUCACCAGAGUCUUGGCCAGAGCCAAGGCUACCAACACCGCCAUCUCAUCAGCACCUGCAAAGGCCGCUGCCCGGCUUCAUACACCCGUUUCACAACCAUGAUACGUCAUGAGCGGGAACGCGCGCGACAGGAGCACCAGAGACCUUCACAGCAGACCCGCAGCAGCCAUUCCCAAAACCAGAGCUCACAAUCCCAGCAAUCGAUGUCCAAGCUGGCCUUCCUGGUCAGUCCAGUGCCUUUCCGCAGGAAAAAGGGCUCACCACCUACCUCUAGAAGAUGCAGUGGGGGCGGAGGUCGAGGUAGCAGACCCAAGUCUAAACAGGCAAUUUACGAAGCGCUAGAUGCAGCCUUGAGAGACAUAUAUGAGCACAUUCAAGCAGAGAGAGGCCACAGAAAUCCUCGGGCACCUGAUGAUAGCAUUCUGAGAAGAAUCUUGGCAGAACUGCUGCCAAAUGUGCCAGAACGCAGCUCCUCGUUGCGGGGAAGGAGGGGGUGUUGGCACGGCGGUCACUCCUCUGCAUCGUUGUACCCAGACAGUAGCCCCACUGGGUAUGCCUCAUAUAGAGGAGAGCCCUCAACACCACGGUUACAGUCACCACGGAUACAGUCACCAAUCAGUGCCUGUUAUGGACGACAGUUGGAGACCUCAAACAACAAUGAUUAUGGAGAGGAGCAGGGCAAUGGAAAUGGUCUCUGUUACUCAGACCAGGACAUCUCCAGGAGUUCCACACUGGAUGGACGCCACACACCCCAGAACAGAAGACCCACUCCUGACAGAGAGAAACAACCUGCAAGAGCCAUUUAUGAUUUUAAGGCACAAACGAGCAAGGAGCUGACAUUUAAAAAGGGUGAUGCAGUGAACAUCAUCAGGCAGAUAGAUAACAACUGGUAUGAAGGAGAACACCGUGGGCGAGUGGGAAUAUUCCCUAUAGCAUAUGUAGAGAAGAUGCCGUCUUCAGAGAAGCAGCAGCCAAUCCGUCCUCCUCCUCCAGCACAUGUCAGAGAGAUUGGAGAGGCAGUGGCCCGCUACAACUUUAACGCUGAUACUAACGUGGAGUUGUCACUGAGAAAGGGUGAGAGAGUGAUUGUGAUAAGGCAGGUGGAUCAGAAUUGGUAUGAGGGGAAGAUCCCAGACACAACCAAACAGGGGAUCUUUCCUGUGUCCUACGUUGACCUUGUCAAACGAUCUCCAUCCAAAAGCUCCGCCCAUCACAUAGAUCCACAUGGUUACCCCAGCAACAGGACACCAAGCUCCACACCCGUCAAGCCUUUCUAUCAUCCACCUCCACCACCCACCACCCACAAACCCCCCUCCCCUCACCCCUCUUUGAGAAGCCUUGACCUGCAAGCCAUCACCACCGAGUGGCUGUCCCUCACAGUGGAGCCGUCAGCAUCCACUCAAGCUCGCUCCCUCACGAACACCCCUCUGCCGCCCACACCGCCUCCUCUCCCCUCUGACCUUGCAUCUCUCCUAAAGGCUCAAGAGCCCAAAGCACUCUCAUCUGCACAGCCACAAAAAAGUUUCACCUUGUCAUCCCUAGCAACCACAGCCUGCAAAGAAUUUUCCAGAACGCCCACUUUUAAAGAGGCAAACCUCAGUUUAGGUCACACCACAGCUGUCUCACCCAUCUCCCCCCCUACUCCUCCUCCUCCAGACCCCCAUUUCUCAUUAACCUCUCCACUGCCUGACUCUUCAUUUCAAUAUAACUGUGGCAGAGGACUGCAUAUCACUGAGGAAGACUCAAACUUAGGAAUUACUACGCCUGAGGUUUUAUCAGAGCCGAUAAAAUCAGCCACACCUCCUGCACAAGAGCACAAAUCCACAGUACGAGUAAACAAAAGCAGGGAAACCCCGGACACUAAACUGCAAGUCAAAGACCCUUAUGAUGAGCUGUUGUGCAUGUUUUUGGAUGGUUCCAGCAGCACAGAUGAUGGUGAUGUUUUGAGAUCAUCUCCAGUCGAUUCUUCAGCAGCUAAGCUGACCAAAAAGUCCCAAAGCAGGCUCUUCCCAUUAAAAGCGGAAGAAUCCCAUCAGUCGGACGUAAAGCCCCCAGCGGUCACUCCUGCAAGCAACUCAACAGGCAGCUUUCAGUUAGCGGUGCAGCUUCACAAGCCUGUAACAAUGGAGCCCCUAUGUGUUUCGUGGGGAGAGCAGUCAAAAAAUGUGAAUGGGCAACGUUUUGACUCACAUAGACCACCGUCAGUACAAGCAAAGGAAUACACUGAGUUGUUCAUUGAAGAAGACGAUGAAGCUAGAAGUGAGAAAGAGCAGGAUGUUAGAGUUUUAAAUCAGAUGCACAGCCCACAGGCUGAAGUGUCUCCAUCUACUCAGUUUCCCCACAAUGGUCCCUCCUCCCCCUCCACACCACCCCCUGUGACCUCCCUGCUUUCCACUUCUUUUUCCUCUGCUUGCCCUUCAUCCUCUUUCUCCCACACACAACAGCAGCACAAUCGUAGUAUCGUCCCUUCCUGUGACCAUGCCUCCCCUCGUCCUCCGUCCCUUCCUCAGCUCACAACGUCACUGCUGCCUCCAAUUUCUCCAUCUGUCUCAACACCUCCCCUCCACUUCCCUCCAGACGAUCCCUCUCAGCGGUCUGUCUCUCACCCCUCAAGCUAUCCUUUUCUUUCUAGUCCGGUCACGACAUGUCCCAUCUCAGAGCCAAAUUUUCCCCUUCCUCCCGCUAACAUUGCCCCUCCACCCUCCACUCAGCGCUGUCCCCCCACUGCCCCAACUGUACCACAUCAAGGACGUAGGUCGCCUAAGGUGAAGGAUCCAAUUGUUGGUGGUAAACCCCCUCGUAGCCCCAUCUUGUCCCGGAGGUCCUAUCUGUCACCCGUUAGAGGUCGAAGGCGGUCAGUACAGGAUGCACUCCACGGUGGAGGAGAUCCGUACCAGGCGCUGUACAACUACAUGCCUCGCAAUGAGGAUGAGCUGGAGCUGCGGGAGGGAGACGUCGUUGAUGUGAUGGAGAAGUGCGAUGAUGGCUGGUUUGUUGGGACCUCUCGAAGGAGCAAGUUGUUUGGAACCUUCCCAGGAAACUACGUGAAGCAGCUAUAAUGAUUCCAAACUCCCGCUGACCCCGCCCCUUUCUAUGACCCGUUCAUCGCCCUCCUCAGCACAGCACCCGCAGGACAUCAACAAAGACCUGCAGCACACGUUUGUGUUUGCGUGUAUGUGUGUGGCUUGUCAGCUUCACACAGACAAAAUACUUAGCUCUAACUAGCCAUCUUUAAUGGAAGACUUCUAUAAAGUAAUAACGCAUUUUUUUAAACUUAUCUUUUUACCCUUAUUUUUCUAUUAUGGAGAACCGAAGAUUUGUGCUGCACCCAGUGACCUUUGACUUUUGACAAUAACGGAAGUAUAUCUGCAGUGAUGCUUUCCUUUCUGUUUCAGUUGUUUAAGGACAUUAAGAUCACCAAGAAUACCUUUUUUUUUUUCUCCAGUAACUCAAAAUUUAAAUCACUUAUAGUUAACUUCAGUGUUUAUUUACAGAUGUCUCCACAAAGAUUUAGUGCAGAGAGUGUUAAAGGAAAGCAGUAUUGUGUCAGAGGCCAGAUGUGUUUUGGCAAAUUAGGAGCCAACGUGUUGCAUCAUCAUGCCAGGUAAAAGGAUGGUUCAGCAAAUGUUUUUUUGUUUUACUUUGGGGGAUAUUAUUUAAUAAAAUGAACAAUAAGUUUAAAUACUGCAGACGUGAAGAAAAACACUAUCACAGACUUAGCUCCAGAUUAGUAAACACGUUGUUGCUGUUCAGUUAUUUUCACGUUAGAAUUGAAGCACUUUUACUGAACUUGAUCACAAACAAUCUCUUUGGUUUCUUUUUUUAACCUCACUUCAGAUUUUACACAGCAGAGGUCAUUUUGACUGCGCCUGGCUUCGGGGGAGAGGAGUGUGUUGAAAGUGUAUGCAGAAAGGUUACUGACCUUUUUUAGGUAUUAUAUUUAUUAGAAGACGAAGGCUGGUCUCACUGUGUUAUACGAUGAUUUUUAGAAAGAACGGAGCACCACAUUGUUUUUUUGGGAUUUUUUUAAAGCAUAUUUUAACAGUACCUAACUUACAUUUGAAUGAUUGUUAUUUUAUGGUCAUCAUUAUUCAAAGUCCAGGUUCUGAGUGAUUACAGAAAAACAAAAACACAAUGGUUAAUGGGCUAAAAAGAACUUACUGUUGUUUUAUGAUGAAUUUAUUUAAGUCAGAUACAGGACGGGAAUUUUGAAAACCUUUGGAAAUCACAGAACUGCUGUUGGAUCUUUUAUAGCUGUUGUCAGAGUGAGUGGGUAGUGUGUCAUUACUCAUGUGUGUACUGUUGUGAAAUGAUUGGCAAUUUCCAUCUUAGCGUGUCGUUCUCAGUAACUGAUCUCUGUUUUGUUUUCUUCACAAAGAAUGGACACUGACAACAAAACGAUGUAAAAGCACCUUAAAAUAUUUUAUCAUUCACUGUCCUUCACGUCACUCUCUGUCAUUCACCAUUUCAGCCGGCGUGAGUUCACUGUGUGCGAGUGUGAGCGUGUCGUGUUUUUGUAAGCCUUUUUUGUUUUUGUAUGCGAGCUGUAAAAUGGCCAACAUCCACUUGCUUUAUAAAGUCGGCUUUUUCUCAUCCACCAUCACGUUUGGUUUCCUCUUUCUUUCCAUUUCGCAUCAUCAGUGGUGCUAACCCGCAUUCUUCUGAGAACGUCUCGUGUAGCCGGGCUCGUAGGAUUUUCUUUGCUCCAGUUCGUCGUUUUUACGUUGGUGGGGUAUUUAAAGUGAAUUUACUGUAGGUAGACCGAGUAGAGUUGGUGAUCGCUGCCUUAAAUCCAGCUCACUAAUUUAAUAGCCAUGUAUAUGUAAACCUGUGAUGCAAAAACAAAAAGAAUAAUUUAUGCAUAUGUAGUUUAGAAAGUGUAUGAAAGUGUGCAGAGAACAUACAAAGUGUUCAGUGUUUAAACGUUAGGCCCUCUGUCUGCCUUUGAUACGAGCGUAAGAACAAAUUCGAAGCAAGGAGAUGAAUUUGAUUGCUGAUAUGUUUAUACGUGUAUGAAAGUGUAAAUCUUAUGUUAUUCAUGUUAUUAUUGAACUCAAUGCACACUCUUGGACCUGAGUAUUUCUUGUAGGACUUGUUGGAUGAUUUUAAGGGGCUGUAUUGCUAAUAAAAUCCAGCUGGUAGAUCAAA